AUGGCCCGGAUCACGGAAGCCAACGGCCGUGGCUCGCCUUCAGAAGUCUUCUCCACCAACAUCCUUCAGAUGGAGAAUGGGAAGAAACCUCAGAAGCGGUCCCAGAAGUUCAAGAACUUGGCCAUAAUCGCCGCCAUUCUGUGUGUUGGCUUCAUGGUGGCGACGGUAGCGUUGGCCGUGCUUCUGGGAAUCAAAAUGAAGGACUUCAAGACGUUAGAUGACCACGAUGUAAGUAGUUUUAGAAUUUUAAAUUAUUUUAAAACUUUUAUUACCUACAAUCAUUUGUAAGAACAGUUUUGUUUUCAAAGUUUUUGCAUUUUUGCAAAAAUUUUUUUUACUCAAAAUAGACAUUGUUUUUGUUACUUUACCCACUUGCUAGUUUCAAACAAUCGCGCUGCUAUUGUUACCUCAUCGUUUUGUAAACUUCGAUUACUUCUUUUUCAAAAAAUACUUUCAGAACCCGCCUGCUGCUCCAGUCGACAAGCCGUGCCCUCCAGUCACGCCAGAUGAAUGGCCUGUGCCUAGCGACUCGCUUGGAGCAGCGUUUAAGAAGGCUGCCAUCGCUUCCGACCACGGAUUCUGCAGUGAAAUUGGAAGGUAGGCCAGGUUUUACUUUGUAGUUGUUAUAUUGUAUAUACCGCAACAUUUAUGUUGAGUAUAUUGAUUUAUUAAAGACUUAAUAACACUGCUUUCUAAGGUGCAAAUAUCACAAUAUUUCAAAACCAAACUCUUGUUAUUGUAGGAAUAUCCUAAUCAAAGGUGGAAAUGCAGUGGAUUCAGCGAUUGCGUCACUCUUGUGCAUCGGAGUCGUUAAUCCUCAAAGUUCUGGAAUUGGCGGAGGCUUCCUCAUGACUGUUUACAAUGCGUAAGUUUUUGGAAAUUGCACUAAACGACACAAACUUUAAAAAAAAACCUUUAAAAAAAUAAAAAUCAAUCUUUCGGUCAAUAAGCCCGUAGCAUAGUUUCCACAAAUAAGUCAGUAACAUCGUUCCAAGUAUAGUAUCAAAAAUGCACAAAAUCCACAGAAAUAGCAUAGAAAUAGCAUAGAAAUAGCUAGUUUCAUAUUGUAGAUCCACCCAAAGAUGCCUGACCAUCGACGCUCGUGAAACAGCCCCAGCUGCAGCGACAGAAGACAUGUUCGUAGGUCACGAACCCUACUCUGGAAACGGCUCCAUAAUCGGAUUCAGAAGUAUUGCUACGCCGGGAGAAAUCCACGGCUACAGGACGGCAUUCGAGAAGUACGGUGGCGGCAAAGUGACGUGGAAAGAACUGUUUGAACCAUCUAUUACUUUGGCCAGGAACGGCUUCCCUGUCUCCUCCAACUUGGCCAUGGUCUUGGCAAAGAUGGAGAAGUACAUCAGAGAAGACGAGGACAUGAGGAAGGCCUUCUUCGACCCUUCUACUAACAAGCCUUAUGAAGAAGGUCAGAUCAUGAGGAGGAUGAGGUUGGCCGAGACUUUGGAAGAGCUGGCCAACAGCCGAGAUCCCAUCAAAUUGUUCUACAAGGGUAAGUUAGACUAUUCACUUAAGAUACUAAUUCAAAUACAGUAGUUCUAUUAUAUAUUGUCUUUCAUUAUCAGUAUCAGACAUAUUUUAGGUGGUAUGGCCCAAACAAUUGCCUCAGAAAUCACAGAAAACGGUGGUCUUGUCACAACACAAGACCUGGAAGGCUUUGAAACCACGAUCUACGAGACACCAUUGGAAAGUGAAGUCCUACCUGGCGACCUCGUCAUGUGUGGUCCACCUCCUCCCUCCUCUUUCGCCGUUACCGCAGCUAUUGUUGGAGUAAUGGCCGAAUACUACAGAGACAAGAAGCCGGAUCUGGAUGAUCCUCUAGUGUAUCAUCGGUUAAUCGAAGCCGAGAAAUUUGCAUACGCUCAGAGAACACACUUUGGCGACAGCAAAUUUGUGAGAUCUGACCUGCCUAACAACAUGACUACAGUGUAAGUAUGACUUAUUGUUAGAGGAUCGGUAAAAUAUGCUUAAGUAUAGUACUGAACACUGCAAUUAAUUAAUAACAGCACUUUUACAUUGCGACUUUUCAGCGAAUUCUCGAAAUGGAUUGCCAGUAUGAUAAAGGACGAAGCCCAGGACAUGGAGUACUACUCCAAGAAUCUGACAGGUCAAGUACCAGAUCACGGCACCUCCCAUGUCACGUCUCUUGACGCCCAAGGCAACGCCGCUUCUGUAACGAGUACGGUAAAUCAGCUUCUGGGCUCAGUACGAGUGUCCCAAUCGUUAGGUAUCGUGUGGAACGAUCAGAUGGACGACUUCAGUACUCCUGGAGUCCCCAACGGUUUCGGGUUUGCUCCAUCGCCUGCCAACUUUAUUAAGCCAGGAAAGAAACCGAUGAGCUCAAUGUCACCAGUCAUUAUCUAUGACAAAAAGGAAGGACGGGUAGGUCUUGUCAUAGUUAUUUCAUUUAUCGACAUUGUCAAUGAUUUUGAAAACAUAAGAGACUUUCCUAUGCUAAACUUUCACGUUUUAGGUAAAAAUGGUAGUUGGAGCUUCUGGAGGUUCCAGGAUCAUAUCUGCCGUCGCCCAAACCAUCAUUCGGUCGGUUCUUUUCGGCCAAAGCGUCAAAGAAUCGGUUGAUGCUCCAAGAAUCCACCACCAGUUUAUGCCAUUUAACGUAGAGUAUGAAACCUCGAUACCAGAGAAGAUUGUAAAGGCAUUGAGCGACGACUACAAACAGACAAUGACCGGUAACACGACCAAACAGCACAGCGUGGUACAGGCGUUGAUCCACAAGGAAGACGGGUUUAUUCAUGGAAACAGCGACUUCAGAAGGAAGACGGCAACGUAUCCUGCCGGAUUCUGA